AUGCCUACCGUGAGCGUCGGCAGAGACCGACUGUUUGAAGCCCUAGGUCGCACUUACACUCAGGAAGAGUUUGAAGAAUUGUGUUUCAAGUUCGGCAUCGAGCUUGAUGACGUCACAACAGAGAAGGCAAUCAUAAGGAAAGAAAAGCAUUUGGAAGAAGAUGAAGUCUCUGGUGACGAUGAAAUUAUUUACAAAAUUGACGUGCCAGCAAAUCGCUAUGAUUUGCUUUGUCUGGAAGGGCUAUCACAGGCUCUUCGCGUAUUUAAUGGGCUUGAGCCAAUUCCAGAAUACAAAGUUGCUGGCAUUGAUGAGGCAUCAAUGCUCAAGAUGCAUGUAAAGCCAGAGACAUCUCAGAUACGACCGUAUGUUGUCUGUGCUGUUUUACGAGGCAUAACAUUUGAUGAAGUGAGAUACAACAGUUUCAUUGAUCUUCAAGAUCGGCUUCACCAUAACAUCUGCCGGCGAAGAACAUUGGUUGCCAUUGGUACACAUGACUUGGAUUCAAUAGAAGGUCCUUUCACAUAUGAGGCUUUGCCUCCUCGAGAAAUCAAGUUUGUGCCUCUGAAACAGACGAGGGAGUUUGCUGCUGAUGAGCUUAUGGAAUUUUACCGGUCGGAUCAAAAAUUGAAGAAAUUCUUGCACAUUAUUGAAAACUCUCCUGUGUUUCCUGUUAUAUAUGAUCGGAAUAGAACGGUUUUGUCUUUACCCCCUAUUAUCAAUGGCGCCCAUUCUGCAAUCACUUUAAAGACGAAGAAUGUGUUCAUAGAAUGCACUGCCACUGAUUUGACGAAGGCUAAUGUCGUUUUGAAUACAAUGGUGACAAUGUUCUCCAUGUACUGUAAAAACAAGUUUGAAGUUGAACCAGUGAAAGUAAUUUAUCCUGAUGGCAAAUCCCAUUGUUAUCCAGAUCUAUCUUUGUACCAAAUGGAGGUGCCGUUAUCAUAUGCAACUAGUAUAGUUGGGGUUGACUUACCUGGAAAUGAGGUGGCCAGUUUAUUGAUGAAAAUGCAAUUACAUGUUGAGGAGUCUGCAUCAAGAGAUAAUGUUGUUGUGUCUGUACCUCCCACAAGAAGUGAUAUUCUGCACCCCUGUGAUGUGGCUGAGGAUGUGGCAAUUGCAUAUGGUUACAAUGCGAUACCAAAAAGAAUACCUUCAUCUUUAUCGCCAUUUCUAUUGAACCAGUUCGGUGAUCUGAUGAGAUCGGAGAUUGCGAUGGCUGGAUUCUCGGAGGUGCUAAAUUGGAUACUCUGCUCUCACAAAGAAAAUUUCACCAUGCUGAACCGGAAGGAUGAUAAAAAGACAGCAGUAAUUAAUGGGAACCCUCGCUCAGCUGAUUUUGAGGUGGUGCGCACCAGUCUUAUGCCUGGCAUACUGAAAACUGCUGGUCACAAUAAAGAUCACCCAAAACCCAUUAAGAUAUUUGAAGUUGGUGAUGUCGUGCUAUUGGAUGAAUCCAGAGAUGUCGGCGCUAGAAAUCAACGUCAGUGCGCUGCUUUGUAUUGUGGUGCUAACUCCGGGUUUGAGUUGAUACAUGGUCUGGUAGACAGAAUCAUGGAAGUUACUGGAACAGCUUUUGAAGAAACACCUGGGGACAACACUGGUUAUUAUAUCAAAGCCUCAGAUGAGCCUGAAUUUCUUUCGGGUAGACAAGCCGACAUCAUUUACAAGGGGAAGAAGAUAGGCACUUUCGGUAUUGUUCAUCCUGAGGUAUUGAAAAACUUUGACAUUCCAGAUCCAUGCUCUUUCGUGGAACUGAACUUGGAAAGCUUCCUAUAG